ACGGACUUCGCAAUCACAACACCGUCAGCUGACACACCAAGCAGACUUCGCAAACUGACAGUAUGCAAUGGAUUGAAUGAAAUGGUCUUUUUAACAUUUGAGAUUAACAAGGCAUCAGUAUCCUUCUCUUUACCCAGCUCUCUCUUGCUGUGUCAACUCGGAAGAAAUUAUCAAGACCGUUUUCUGAAAUGAGAGUUGGGCUGGCUGGCUAGCUAGAGUAGAAUAACUUGAUACAAUACAAUUUGAACUCUAUAAGCCUAUUAAGACCACAAUAACUGGAAAUGUCAUCUAAACCUACUUGUCUUAUCGUGGCAAGUGCGGCACCUCAAGGGGUGAAUGCUGGCUCGUUCCAGCAGGCCUUCACGCUCUGCAGCCCUGGGUUUAACUUACAGACCGCAACUCCUGGGGGAAAGCCCAUUGAUUUCGUUGGUGUGGAUGAGGGCACAGCGCGGUGGGUGCAGGACUUCAGUGGGAAGCCUUACGCCUCCCCGGCCAAGCUGGAGUCCAUAGAUGGUGCUCGCUACCAGGCCUUGUUGAUCCCAGACUGUCCUGGUGCUCUGACUGAUCUGGCUCACAGUGGAUCUCUGGCUCGGAUCCUCACACACUUCGCCUCUCAACAGAAACCAGUGUGUGCCAUAGGGCAGGGAGUGUCUGGACUAUGCUGUGCCGUUGAGGGACAGCGUUGGCUCUUCAGCGGGUACAGCCUCACUGGGCCCUCCGUCUUUGAGCUGGUCCGCUCCCCACACUUUGCCAACCUGCCCCUUGUGGUGGAGGACUUUGUGAAGGACAGCGGGGGCUCCUACACGGCGAGCCAGGAAGAUGCCCUGCACGUGGUCCUGGACCGGCACCUGGUGACGGGUCAGAACCUCCAGUCCACCACAGCGGCCGUCAACAACCUCAUCCUCCUGUGCAGCAGCAGCCGCUAACAACCUCAUCCUCCUGUGCAGCAGCGGCCGCUAACUCACCCUUUGCAGGUGUGCUGUGGGCCACAUCGCCUCAACACAGCACUGCAGAUUCAGACAGGACCAAUCGCACUCCGACAUGAGGACCAAUUUUGUUAUGUUUGGACAUUGUCAGACGUUCACAGUAUUCCAAUGAUGAUAUCUGAUUGCGUUGUUGAAUCAGCAUAUUAAGGUGCUGUUGGCAGUUUUUGCUAUAAGUGAGUGAAAGUGUUUCUAGACCUUUGAUGGCGAUGGAUGAUGGAAAAACAAAGUUUACAGAAUGCUUUUGUCACAUUCACAACACA